AUGAAGUCGAACCGGCCCCCUAGUGGAGCAAUUAAUACCGGACCAUUUUCUCCUAGCAUUUUCUCCAGCAAAAGAUUAUGGGUAAAGCGUCCCAAUGGUUCACCAACUACCAUCUUAGUCCACCAAAACGAUAUAAUUGAUGAUGUCAAACUGAUGAUAAUACAAAAGUAUCCCAACUCCUUGGGGAGAGAAUAUGAUGCUGCUGACUUGAUGAUAAAAAUGGAUGUCCAUGUCAAACUGGGAUUACCGCAACCAACUCCCACUUCAACUAAUCGCCAAAGAUCAUCAUUUUCUUCUCCCGAUAAGCUGACGGCGACCACUCUUGUUACACUUGAGCCUGACCAAAACGUGUGGGCACUUUUCGACAAUUAUUUUCCAAACGGAAUGAGUAUACAUAAUGCAUUCAUCAUUGAAGAGCCAGGAAGAAGCAGAAUGGAUAGCAAACACUCAUUGUCGUCGUUGACGCUACCCACGGCUACCUCGGCGCCAGUGACCACAGCACCAUUGGCACUACAUUCGUCAACUUCCGCCGCUUCUCCAUCGUCGAAUCAACCGGUUUCAGCCUCUGCAAGAACCUCCACCAUGUCCCCUCCUCACGGAUUUCACCUGCCUCGUCCUCAGUACAAUUACCAGCACCACCAGCCGUACGCGGCUCUCAAAGAAAUGUCCAUAUCUCCAUCAAAUGUUUCAGCAAGAUCCCCUUCAACGGUGCACAGACGUUCACAAUCUAAUCCUCCUCAGUCUCCCGUAACCAGUGCUGCUCCACCGGUGUCAAAGAACCCUAAUUCCCAAGCCAUUCUCUUGCUUCCAAAGAACUUUUCGUUGUCUGGAGGUGGUUCUUCAAGCAACCUCAGUGCUCUUAAAGACCAAAAACGACUCUCUCUAGAUGAAGGACGAGUAUCCCGUGCACGAACCAACUCCAUACUGAGCCCCGGCUUGGCUAAUAUAGGAAUAGGAGGCGUGAGUUCGCCGCCUGCUGCCCAGCCAUCUAGCUAUCCGCUCGUUCAAAAAGGACCGAAUAUUCUUCCCAAAAUUUCGACCGAUUCCAACCAAACAACCUUGGCUUCAAGCCUAGAUCUGAAUGUGUCCAGUGCACCGCCGUUGGGCAAAGCAACCUCGCUUCCAGAAAUACCCACCAAGCCCACAGAAGAGAAAAAGGAAAGCUCUUCAGAGAAUGUAGAUACCACCAAUAUUGAACUGGAUCCCGAGUCGAACUCGAGAAAUUCAACAGCAACUGUGCCACCACCGGUCCGUGCUGCGCCUGCUGCACCUAAGAAACGACAGGAGGAUAAAAGUGUUGCAAUGGUACAGAAACUGUGGAAAAAGAACCCCACUGCCAAUGAACGAAUGCUUCCGUCUGUGUCGGUGCUUGUAGUAGAGGAUAAUGCCAUCAACCAGGCAAUUUUAGGAGCGUUUUUACGGCGUCACAAGAUUCGAUAUCAAAUUGCAAAAAAUGGACAAGAAGCAGUCGACAAGUGGAGCAAGGGUGGAUUCCAUCUUGUGUUGAUGGAUAUUCAAUUGCCCGUGAUUUCUGGUAUUGAAGCCACGAAGGAGAUCCGCAGGCUAGAAAAGAUAAACCGAAUCGGAGUGUUUGCAGAAGACGAAACCGGACAAGCUAAAUCGGCCGAGCUUGAAGAAGUUGCUCCGGAAGAGAGAUUGGAUCUCAACAUUUUCCGAUCACCAGUUAUCAUUGUGGCACUAACUGCCUCGUCGAACUCUUCUGUCGACAAAACCAACGCUUUGAGAGCAGGGUGUAAUGAUUAUUUGACCAAACCAGUUAAUUUGGUAUGGUUGCAAAAUAAGAUUACCGAAUGGGGUUGUAUGCAAGCGUUGAUUGACUUUGAAGGAUGGAAAACAAAACGAAGCGACGAGGGGUUCAACGCCAUUAAAGGCAAGGCGAAGGGGGUGAUUCUACCAUCCGGGAAACUGGUGGUGUCUGCUUAG